AUGGGGAUCCUCACUACUCUUAUUAUUGUCAUUCUCGUCAUCUCGUUUAUGACGUUUGUGACCUUCUUUGGAAGACUACCUGCACUGAGACGUACGCCCAUCGCUGGCCUGCACCGCCUAAUAUGGGUUCACAUUCCUGCGGCGCUGUACUAUGUUGACCAGAAGCUCACUUCUGGUCGGGUGACUUCCUCGACGGUCAAGUUCUUCAACUGUAUGAUGUUUGACCGUCACCCAACAGUUGUGAUAUUCUUCUUGGUAGUAUUUGGCGCUGGAGAAGUCCUCUUUAUCCCAGCAGCAUGGCCUAUCGUGCCCUUAUUCACUAAGUUCACCAUCGUGGUCCUGGCGCCUACGCCCUUUUUCACUCUCUACAAGGCCUGCGCCGCGGACCCGGGCUACAUCACCCCUGAGAAUCACGCCUACCACAUGUCGCUGUAUCCUUACGACUUCACGCUCUUCCAUCCUGGACGCCUGUGCAAGACUUGCAACUUGAUCAAACCCCCUCGGUCCAAGCACUGCAGUAUCUGCAAGCGCUGCAUCGCCAGGGCGGACCACCACUGCAUCUUCAUCAACUCGUGCGUGGGGUACGGCAACCACCACUGGUUCGUCCUCCUUCUCCUGUCCUCGGCCGUCGUCACCUCCUACGCCACCUUCCUGGGCCUCUCCAUCCUCUCGGAGUUCCAAAAGUCCAUCUACCCGGAGUGGUCCGUCUGGCGGCCCAGCGGCAUGUCGUGGAGCACCUACUUCAGCAUCUGGGCCCUGGGGAUCCGCGGGUACACGCGCAUCGGCUCCGUCACCCUCCUCACCAUGCUCACCUCCCCGCUCAUCUGGGGCCUCCUCGCCUACACGACGUACCUCAUCUACUGCGGCACGACGACCAACGAGACCCUCAAGUGGUCCGAGUGGAAGGAGGACAUGCGGGACGGCUACGCCUUCGCACGCUCGCUCCCUUCCAACAGACAGAGGCAGCUGUAUGCCGAGCCGACGUGGACGCGCUGGCCUGUCCAGCCUGAUCGGAUCAUGGUCACCACGAGCCACGGCCAGCCGCCGAAUUCAUCGCAGCAGAUCCCCGGUGAGGGCCCGUGGGAGAAGAUGACAAGUUUGUCAGACGUCACUAAUCUGUACGACUUGGGAUUCUGGGAUAAUCUCCGCGACAUAUUUCUCAGCGAGCCGUUCGGGGAGCGAGAGCCCGUGUCGGAGCGCGAGCGGCCCAGGCAUAGAAACGGAGGUGGCCACCCCCCCUGA